AUGGCCGAUACGGGAACCCUGCAACACAUGCAGCAGGCCCUCUGCAGCCAAAUCAUCGAAGCCUGCGAGUACUAUGGCAUAUGCGUGCAACGGGCGAAGCAGCAGAAGCAGCCGCAACGGGAGCAACGGCAGCUGCAUACUUUAGGACUUCGCGUUGGUUUGCUGCUGCCUCCGUCCCCUGUGUCACUUGCUGCAUUUGGUGCUGUUGCUGCAAUAGGUGGCAUCGCGGCGCCCCUGCCGUUUUGCGAUGCUGCUGUUGCUGCAGAGACUGCGCCAGCAGCAAUCGCUGCUGCAGGAGGUGUCGCAGCAGCAAGCGCAGCAGCAGCGAGACCCCUGGCAGCAGCAGUGGAAGAAGCAGGAGGCGAUAUGUUUGUUACAAGAACACAUGCCUGCAAUAGAAGCGUUAUUACCAGGAGCAAAUCUUUGCGACUGCUGCAGCAGCAGCUAGCGGAGGCCAAGGCGCAGCUGCUGCUGACACAUCCAGCGCUAGCUGCUGCGGCGGCCGCUCUGUGUGAUCAGUUGGGGAUCCAUGUUUGCAUAUGCGGCGCCAGAACUCCAGUGGCAACCGAUAUAUGCAUUGACCAGCAGCCGGAGAACCAGCAGCCGGCCGCAGCGGCCACAUCAAGGGUACGUCUGUUUGUGAGACAGGAACCCCUGUACACAAGUAGUCUUGCAAUAUACACCAAAUGGAUGCCUCUACGGACAGCCGAGGGGGGGCCAUUGGGGCCUCCGCAAGAGCUCAAAGAGGCACUUGCUGCUCGUCUGAGAAGCGGGAAGGACAGUGCAGAGGGUAGCGUCACCAGCAACAGCUGCAACAGUAGCAGCAAGACCAGCAGCAAUAGCCUGAUGACUAGCGCUACAUGGAGUUUCUUGCUGGAGGCGAGCUGCUGCUGGGGGCAGCCACGCAGUGUGUUCCUGCCGGCAGCAGCAGUGAAGCAGCAGCUGCAGCUCAACAAGGAACACUUGCUGCAUCACGUUUACCCAAGGCACAAUGCCGUUGUAGCUGCUUCUGCAGCUGGUCUUGCAAAGCCGAAGCUUCUGCUUGCAGUGGUUCUGCCGCUAGUGCAGCAGCAAGCCAAUAUUAUGUUGCUGACCAGGCAGCAAAGACCACCUCUACCCCUGCCGUUGCAGGUAACCCUGCAGCAGCAGCCUACCGAUGCUGCAACAGAGGCACUUGUUCUUGAGACAGCGCACGCGCGAGCUGCAGCGGUUUGGCGCCUGCUGUUACACCAGAAGCAGCAGCAACAGCGAUACACGCUGGUUGUGGACCUUGAAACGGCUGAGGCAAUGUUGGCUCACUACGACCAUGCAGUGGAAACAGCUGCAGCAACAGCAACACCAAGCAAUGCUUCGAAGCCAGCUCUGGAGGCUCCACUUGCUCCUGCAACUGACCUUGCUGCGGCAGCGCAACAGGCGAUUUGCUGCUGCCUUAUCUGCACUGACGAAAGUGACCUCAUGGCUAUGCCAAGCCAGGCGCCUUCUAACCCUAACUACAGCACCAGCACCAGCAGGUCGCAUGCUGCUGCAAUGGAACAGAAGCCUGCAGUGCGAGUUGCUGCGACGGUCGAGGGGUGGCAGCGGCUGCUACCGGCGGUUGCAACAGUGCAGCACGUGCUUACCAUUACGGAAGUGGGCGUAGUGGCAGUGCAGCAGCAGUGCGGCAGUGCUGGAGAAGGAACGGUUCCUCUUACAAAGCAGCGAGCAGCAACUGCAGCUGGAAGUGGACAGGAGGAUGGCGUACCUUUAGGCCACUUGUUUCCUGGUGUCGCUGCAGUGGCGGCAGAUGAUGGUACGUUGCUCUUCAGCAACAGCACCAAUAGCAUUUAUUUCGAGAGACCCGUUGCAACGGCGAAGGCAUUUGGGGCUCCUGAGUCCCUGGGUGCCCCAGGGAGCCCCCCGGGAAGGUAUUUUCGGUCGGCCCUUUUGGGCGGGGUAGACGGUCGUGGGGAGCUACGAGUGUUGGGGUGUAAGUACACCUCAGAGCGACUUCUGCAGAGGCCCCUGCAGCAGCGGCUGCAGCAAUGGCAGUGGGGCCUGCCUCGCAUGGAGAGAUUGAUUGAAGGUUAUGUGCACAAGGUGCCGAUUGCAGGCAAGGAGUGGGGCAACUACCACGCCAAGAAGCGUUACUGGAAGCGCAUGUUCUGA